AUGCAUGUGAUUUUAUUCCGUCAAGAGCAUUGGUGGGCAGGGCAGUCCGUUGUGAUCUAUAUCGUUGGUUCCUUCUUCACGUGGACCAUUGUGUUGGUAUCCCUGGUAGAUACAUCGCCGUCUCCGACCUUUGCACAGCUGUAUCCGUGGGUGCUAGCGGUCCCCCUGGAAGUAGUAAUCCUGGCAGCCCGCCUCACUCUCUAUACAAGACCGCACCAUGAACCCGCUAUCGGGGAUCCACGUGGGGGCCUUUACAGGAAAAAUAUCACCGGCUGGGAAUUGACCGAAGUUAGCAUCGCUAUUGUUCGCCUUCUGGAUUUGGUAGGCAUUGUCCUCCUGUAUACGUUUUGCUCAGUCGGAUGGAUGGCAAAUAGGAACGGGGAGGGUGACUCAACAGAAACAACAAGGUUGUUAAGUUCCGGAACGGGUCUUAACAAUGGCAUGAACGGCAAUGGUUAUGGAUCAUCACACCAGAAUUCUAAACCCCAUGCCACCAAGCCCCCUGAAACAGAGGCUGCUUGGGUUCGACCUGCAUCUGUUCCUUCAACUAGCUGGUGGGAGUAUCUCAGUGGAUAUUCCAUUUUCUUCCCAUAUCUCUGGCCAUCAAAGUCCCGCCGGUUGCAGCUGACUGUGAUUUUUUGUUUCACCCUCGUGGUUUCGCAACGGGUAGUCAAUGUCCUAGUGCCACACCAAAUUGGUAUCAUCAUCAACGCUCUCUCUAAAUCUGGCGAUGACUCGGAAGCGUUUUAUAUUCCUUGGGGAGGGAUUUGCCUAUAUGUCUUCUAUCGCUGGCUGCAGGGAAAUCAGGGCUUAAUCGGCUCGUUGCGGUCAUUUCUCUGGAUCCCGGUCAGUCAGUAUUCAUAUAUGGAGCUUUCAACAGCAGCAUUUGAGCAUGUGCAUGGCCUUAGCUUGGACUUUCACCUCGGAAAGAAAACUGGUGAAGUAAUCUCAGCCUUGAACAAAGGAAAUUCAAUCAACACGUUCCUGGAGCAAGUGACAUUCCAGGUAUUGCCUAUGCUGGUUGACCUGUGCGUUGCCGUUGCAUAUUUUGGAAUCGCUUUCGACGUGUAUUAUGCCCUGGUGGUGACUCUAGUCACGUUCAUCUAUCUUUAUGUGACGGUGCGCAUGGCACAAUGGAGGGCUGAGAUGCGACGACAGAUGGUCAACGCCAACAGACAAGAAGAUGCAGUUAAGAAUGAUUCCAUGGUCUCGUAUGAAACAGUGAAAUAUUUCAACGCCGAGCAGUAUGAGUUCAACCGUUACCGCGGUGCCGUGACAGACUUCCAGAGAGCAGAGUAUGAAGUCUUAUUUUCACUCACAUUGCUGAACACCACCCAAAACACUGUGUUCAUGCUGGGCCUGAUGGUAACAUGCUUUAUUGCUGCAUUUCAAGUGGCCUCAGGUGAAAGGGAAGUCGGCCAGUUUGUUGCUCUUUUGACAUACAUGGCUCAACUUCAAGGACCAUUGAAUUUCUUUGGCACGUUCUACCGGUCCAUCCAAUCAGCCCUAAUCAACUCAGAGCGAAUGCUUGAACUCUUUAGAGAACAACCAACCGUUGUUGACGGUCCUUCGGCAUCCAAAGUGGCCAGUUGCUCGGGUGAUAUCAAAUUUGACAAUGUUAAAUUUGCCUAUGAUUCCCGUAAGCCAGCAUUGACUGGGUUGACUUUCCAUUGUCAGCCAGGGACUACUACAGCACUUGUAGGAGAGUCUGGCGGUGGCAAGUCGACAGUGUUCCGUCUUCUCUUCCGCUUCUAUAAUGCUACCUCAGGCAAUAUCUUAAUCGACGAUCGCCCCGUGGACACCAUUACUAUCGAUUCGCUCCGGAGCCAUAUUGGCGUGGUGCCUCAGGACACCGUUCUUUUUAACGAAACGUUGAUGUACAAUCUGAAGUAUGCAAACCCCCUGGCUACUGACGAGGAUGUGUAUGCUGCAUGUCGUGCUGCUAGCAUCCACGAUAGGAUUCUUACAUUCCCAGACGGGUAUGAGACAAAGGUUGGGGAACGUGGCCUUCGAUUGAGUGGCGGUGAAAAACAGCGAGUGGCUAUUGCGCGCACUAUCUUGAAAGAUCCACGAAUCAUUUUGCUCGACGAAGCUACAGCCGCACUUGAUACUGACACAGAAGAACAUAUCCAGGGGGCGCUAUCAACUCUAUCUAAGGGCCGCACAAUGCUUGUCAUCGCUCACCGUUUAAGCACUAUAACUACAGCAGAUCAGAUUCUUGUGCUUCAUAACGGGCAAGUUAUUGAAAAGGGAACGCAUGAGCAAUUACUGUCGAUGAGGGGUCGAUAUGCCAGCAUGUGGCGAAAGCAAAUCCGAGCUCAACGCGCAGCAGCAGAGGCUCAAGUGCUACAAGUUCGUGCAGAGCGUCUUCGAACUGCGUCGACCGCAGCUGGAGGCGAUGAUAGCUCAAGCCAAUCGGACGAGGACCACCCCAAUGGUGACGAGACUACUGACCCUAAACCAAUUCGGCCGUCUCUGGGUCAACGAUCGUCUAAAAUCUCCGAUGCAAAAGUUCAAAGCCAGUGA